GUGCAUAAAAUUAUCGCUAUAAAUGGGUCCAAAGCCGGUAGUAACCGGACUGUCGCCCAAGGAGGGCGCACCGGGCACGAAAAUAACGAUUAGAGGAGAAUUUCUUGGCAAAGAUGCUCGUGAUCUUAUCGGCCUUAUAAUAUGCGAUUCGGAUUGUUUAUUAUCUGCUGAAUGGAAAUCGCCAACCAAGAUAAUUGCUCGAACCGGACCGAGUAAAGGCAAAGGUGACAUCAUCGUAACAACAAGAUCUGGUGGCGUCGGAUCAUCAACGGUGCAGUUUCGUGCGUAUCACGAAUCAAUUGGACCAUUAAAAGAGUCGGCUGUUUGGAUUGAAGAGUCGCCGAUGGGAUCAUUGUCAUGGGGCCGACGAUCGUUAGCACCAACGAAAUACACACAAGAAGAUCCUUUGGGUCUUUCUAUCGAAGGCAAUGUGAAAAAAUUAACCGAAGACUUGCGCGAUAUUUUUCCAGAGAGUUCCGGCGAUUUAGCUCAAGAGAACUUCUCGCCGGGAUGGUUUUUACUCGAACAUCAUAAUGCAACGUCAUUUGAUGAUUUAAAAGCCGGAUUAUCGUAUCUUCGUCGUAAGGUGGAAAGUCAACGAGAUGGUCAAUUGUCUUUUCUCAAAGCAAAUGCUGGUGCCGUUAUGGAUCAAUUGGCUACGCUGAUGACUUUGCGAGAUAAAUAUGAAGAAGAUAUGGCCGAAACGACUGAACCAAUUUUCAAAUUAGAAAAGGCCAUAAAAGAAUCAAUAAUUGAAUCGAAUAGUUUGUUUACAGAUGUUUUGUCUCGACGCGAUAGGGCCGACACAAUGAGAGCAGCACUCUUUGCUUUAUCCAGGCACAAAUUUCUGUUUUGUUUGCCAAAAUCGGUGGAACAGAGUGCUAAACGCAAGGAGUAUGAUAUUGUUAUCAAUGACUACGCCAGGGCUAAGAAUCUUUUUGGAAAAACCGAUGUGCCGAUCUUCCGUAAAGUUCUUGAGGAAGUUGAUAAACGAAUCAUUGGAAUUCGAAAGGAAUUACACCAGCAGAUUUGUCAAAUGCCGCAGUCGGUGGAUCAUCAGAAAAAACUUGUGAAAGCUUUAACAAGUUUGGAAUUAUUCCAAAAUGGUUUGGCCAUUGCACAGGAGCUUCCCGAGACCGAUGCAGCAUGGGAUGCAAUUGAGGCGCGCUCAAAUUAUUUAGACGAAACACUACGGACAAUAUUUGACCAACACGCGGCUCGAGAGAACAAUCAAUUAUCGGCAAAGCAACGCGAUGCAAACGAUGCACCGCCACGUGUUUUGUUCUGUGAAGAAGUAUGUGAAAUAGCUGCCAGUCAAUUGCCAGAUCUAUGGCGUUUGGGCCAAGCAUAUUUCACAGGUGAACUGAAAGGCUUGAGUGAUCCAAAACCGGGCGUUUUCAAGCGCAUCAUCAUAAAUUCGAUUGAAACAUUUUGUUCAUAUAUUCGAAGUGCAAUACUUUCUGUAUCGGGUCAACGAAAUAACCAUCUAAAGGCAAAUAUACCAGUAUGGCCAGCAACAAGUAAUUCAGCGAUUCUUCAAUUUAUUCCAUGGAUAUCACAGUGUUUGCGUUACGUGCGUAUUGCUUAUGCAACAUUGAUUCGUGUCGAUUUGCCAAGCGAAGUAUUGGACAUUAUACAAAAGUUAAUCAAUCAAAUUCGUUUGUUCUGUUUGUCAACGAUUUUCAAGAAAGCAAUCGAUAAAAUAAGACGAUUGGAGGAAGAAGAAACAUGGAACAUGGGUGCAGUACCCGAUUUUCCUGGUGCUACAAAUUUACCAAAUUUAUUUGAAGAAAUCAUUGUCGAGCAUUUGGACGAAGGUUUGAAUGCUUGUUUAAAAGCAGAAAUUCGUGAAACAUCGCUCUUGGAGCCACAAUCAGAAGGAUUACAACAGAUAUCAGCCCACACGGCAGAAUUUUUAAACACAUUUUGCGAUGUUAUUGAAACAUUGGCUCAAUGUGAUAUCACACAACAAACACCGUUGGUGUGUCAAUUGGCUGUCGGAUUGGCGGGAACAAAUAAUUUAUCGAAUGCAUCACAAUCGAAUGCGGACGAUAAAAGUUGGCGCAAAACUAUGUCAUGGGAUCAGAAAAUACUUUGCUGUUUGUCCAAUUGUUUGUAUUGUUAUAGGCAAUUUUUUGCGCAUAUUUACACGGUUUUCACAAAGAAUGGAUAUCCCAUUUCGAAAAUAGUAUUUGAUAAUGGUCGAGUGAGGGCAAAUGAUCUAUUCGAAAAUAUCAUCGAGAGUUUUGUGAACGAGAAGAGUGAAUAUUUGGUUGCAUCAAUUGAACCAGCAAUGUAUAUUGCAAAUCAAUUUCAAUGGGAUUUGGUUAGCAGCGCCGAAGGAUUACGACCAUAUGCGCAUGAGUGUUGCGAUAAUCUUGUUGGCGUUUUUUCGGAAGUAUUUGCAGUUUCGCCAUUGCUAUUACGUUCGAUAUUGGAGGCAAUUGUUCAAACAGUAGCAGAAGAAUUAAAUCGACUCUUAACGUGUGUUCAACGAUUCAGCGCGAACGGUGCACUACAAGCCAACAUCGACAUUCGAUUUCUACGUGAUACGUUGCAGUUGUACAGUAAUUCAAAGGCCAAAGCAUUCUUUGCCGAAGCGCUUGAGGCAAUUCCACAAUUAUCGGAAGAUGGCGAACGACAUGUACUGCGUGUUUUAGCCAAAGUUAAAGAAGAUAUGAAAUUACAUAUUAUGUGCUUUAGCGUACAAAAUCCAUAGAAGAUAGAUUUCCAUUUGGCCAAUGGUCACACGUGUGAAUGUCGAAGAUAUUUCAUAUCAGUUUAGUAUAAGUUCAUGGUAUAUAUAAAAUUCUCAAUAUUGUUAUCAGCAUUAAUAAAUUGAAUUAAAAAUCAAUAAAAUAUAUCGUAUACUCAAAUUAAA